AUGGCUGAUGGCAGCCUGAACAGCUCCUUUAAUCAGAGCUCAGAAUAUGGAAAUGUCUACAGACCACAGACAGUGUUCAGCGUCUUGACGUUCACCCUGCUGGCCAUGCUUAUGGUGGCUACAUUUUUCUGGAACAUGCUCGUCCUAGUCACAAUUCUCAGAGUCAGAACGUUCCACCGUGUGCCCCACAAUCUGGUGGCCUCCAUGGCUAUAUCUGAUGUUAUGGUGGCUGCUUUGGUGAUGCCUCUCAGUCUAGUGCAUGAGCUGAACGGCCGUCGAUGGAAGUUGGGCCAAGUUCUCUGCCAAGUCUGGAUAUCCUUCGACGUCCUGUGCUGUACAGCCAGCAUUUGGAACGUGACCGCAAUAGCCCUCGACCGUUACUGGUCCAUAACCCGCCACCUGGAGUACACACUGAAGACCCGAAAGAAGAUCUCCAAUGUGAUGAUUGGAUUGACGUGGCUGCUCUCAUCUGUUAUUUCCCUCUCCCCUCUGUUUGGCUGGGGUGAGACGUAUUCAGAGAAGGACAUGGAGUGCCAGGUGAGCCAGGAGCCGUCUUACACCAUCUUUUCCACAUUCGGGGCCUUCUAUCUGCCUCUUUGUGUUGUGCUGUUUGUCUACUGGAAGAUAUACAAAGCUGCUAAGUUCCGUAUUGGAUCAAAGAGGACCAACACCAUCACUCCAGUUGCAGAAGCUGGAGAGGUGAAAGAGGCCUCCAGGCAACAGCCUCAGAUGGUGUUCACAGUACGCCAUGCCACGGUGACAUUCCAGGCCGACAGCGAGACGUGGCGAGAGCAGAAAGAGAAGCGAGCAGCUCUGAUGGUGGGCAUCCUCAUCGGAGUGUUUGUCCUGUGCUGGAUACCGUUCUUCCUCACCGAGCUCAUCACUCCACUGUGCUCCUGCCACAUCCCGCCAAUAUGGAAGAGUGUCUUCCUCUGGCUGGGCUACUCCAACUCUUUCUUCAACCCGCUCAUUUACACAGCCUUCAACAAGAACUAUAAUAACGCUUUCAGAAAUCUCUUCUCUCGACAGCGCUGAGAGAUAAUCGGAAAUCUUGGCUGUGCCACAAAUGCCAGUUUAAGCCACCCUUAAGAUUUGGGAAAGUGUGGUUAUCUGAGUUCUUCAAAAGGCACAGAUUCAUAAAGAA